AUGCUCAGACAAGCGCUCGUCACUCCUUCCAGAGCUCUCCGCUCUUCAGCCCGAUCAAUCGCCCAGAGGCCUCUGGCCCGGCCCCAGACUAUCAUAGCUCCUCUGGCAACACGGAGUGCACAACCCGCCGUCUCGAGAUGGUACAGCGAUACCCCCAAGGCUUCGCAAGAAGCCGAGACGAAAGCGGACGAAACAGAGGCCAAACCAGCAUCCGAAGGAGAGGCAGCACCAGCUGAGGACCCGGCUGUGACAGAGCUGAAAAAGAAGCUGGAUACCAAGGAGAAGGAGGCCGUGGACUGGAAGGACAAAUGCCUGCGCUCCAUCGCAGACUUCCGCAACCUCCAAGACCGGACCCAGCGCGAGGUCAAGAACGCCCGCGAGUUCGCCAUCCAGAGCUUCGCCAAGGACCUGGUCGAGAGCGUCGACAACUUCGACCGCGCGCUCUCCAUGGUCCCCGAGGAGAGGCUGAAGGCGGCCAAGGAGAACGACGAGCUCAAGGACGUCGUCCAGCUGCACGAGGGUCUCAAGAUGACCGAGAACAUCCUCAUGAACACCCUGAAGAAGCACGGCCUGGAGCGCUUCGACCCCGUCGGCGAGAAGUUCAACCCGAACGAGCAUGAGGCUACCUUUAUGAGCCCUCAGGAGGGCAAGGACGAUAACACCGUCUUCUACGUCCAGCAAAAGGGCUUCAAGCUCAACAGCCGGGUGCUGCGCGCGGCCAAGGUCGGCGUCGUCAAGAACAAAUAG